AUGACAGAAUACGAGGCUUGUAUCUUCGGUAUUAAAGUUGCUAUUGAUCUUAUGAUCAAAAUCCUAGAAGUUUAUGGAGAUUCAGCCUUGGUGAUCAACCAAGUCAAAGAAGAUUGGGAUACUAGAGAUCAUAAGCUCAUCCCUUACAAAGAUCAUGUUUCGAAACUAGUCCCUUACUUUAAUGAGAUCACAUUCCAUCACAUCCCUAGAGAGGAGAAUCAUCUAGCUGACGCCUUGGAAACUUUAGCGUCCAUGUUUAAGGUCAAGUGGAAGAAUGAAAUUCCAUCCUUUCACCACAGCUACUUGGACGAGUCUGCUUACUGUUUGGCGGCAGAAGACGAAGUUGAUGGUUAUCCUUGGUUCUAUGACAUCAUGAGAUUCCUAGAAUGCCAAGAAUAUCCAAAGGACGCAUCCAUUACUGACAAGAAGUACCUUCAUAAACUAUCUUCCAAGUUCUUAUUAAGUGGAGGGGUACUGUACAAGAGAAAUUAUGAUUAG